AAGCGGAGUAGAAUGUGAGGUGAAAUCAAUUGGUGGCUAUUGAAGAAACAGUAAGAAGGAGACUGGGAGCAGAAGCAGGUAGAAAAGAAAGAACAUCAUUAUCAGAGUGAAGAAGAAAAUACCAUGGCACUGAUGACUACCCAACUGGCCACUUUAAAACACACCACCAGCAGUGAAUUACAGUAGGAUCUCUUUUUCUGCAUUUGAAAGAAAAAAGGAGGAGGGAUGGCAUUUAUUUUCUUGAUUCAUCUUUGGGUUCUUCUUCAGCUCACUGAAGCCUACAUGAUUUCUCCUCUUUUCACACAUUGUUCAAAAACAACAGAGCAGACACUUCUAUCUUCUCCAAAAGAGGCUGUGGUUGGCCAAUACCAGCAUCUAAGAAAAAGUGAUUUAAAUAUGACUGAACUGAAGAAUAUAUCUCAUCUAACCCUAAAUCUGAAUAAUUCUCAGGACAUUUGCCAAGAAUAUAAGUAUAUGAUGGCUUUUAUAACUUGGUUACCAGGAGACCAUGUGCUUGCGCCUUUCGUUUUCUUCAUUUUCACUGUUGGACUUAAUGGAAGUGCAAUGAUUUUAGUCUUUCUUCUCUCUAACUUUCAGAAGCAUUCCUGGAAUAUCUACAUCUGGAACAUAGCUGUGGCUCACCUUAGUGUCCUUACAUGUGUAUGCAUUGUCUGCCUAUUUGUUAAUAGGAUUUCUCAGGAUGUAAAUAGUGGCUUUGUUAAGUGGUUCCUACACCUAGCAUACCUCUUUUCAUCCAUGAAUUAUUUUAGUCUACAUUUCAUUGUAGCUAUCCUCAUCCAUUGGUGUUUGGUAAUCCUAAUCCCUAACUGGUACAGAGGUCAACAACCAGACUUUGUGGCACCUCUCAUAUCUGUCAAUGUGUCUAUUCUGUUGCUCUUGGCUUGCUGCAUAUUAUUCUGUUUCCAUUUAGAUAUUGACACAUAUGCAAUCACUUUCAUGACAUGUAUGAUUUUUUUCCCACUUAUGGUCCUCUCAGUUCAGACCCUAAUAAUCAGGUAUUGGCAUAUCAUCAAGAAAUAUGAUUUCCUUGUUUAUUUAUUUGGAUUAGUUUUAUUCCUUUUCACCUGGAACUUUAUAUGCUUGCUUUUCUGGAUGGAAAAUGACUUCCCCGUCAUCACCUUGUCAUCUUUUUUAUUCACCUCUCUCAGCAGCACCAUGAACCUAGUUCUUUAUAUUCUCGUUGGGGAACUUCAUCUGCCCAAUUUUUGGUUUAUCAAGACAGAAAACAGAGGAGGAAGAUAAAUUCAACAAAAAAAAUUAAUUAUGUAGGCAUUUUGGGCAAAGAAAGAAGAGUGGCAAAUGAGUUUAUGGAAGAAUGGAGUUUUGUAAACAAUCCUAUUAACUAUCCUAUAAAUGUUUAAGUGCUGAAUCUGUGCCCAGCUGAAUAAAUGUUCAUAUCGCGAAA